AUGGCAGUCUCCCUACCCAGCAUCCACGAGAUGUUCCCAGCGCACCUCAUUCACAGGGACGGGCUGAACGGAGAGAAGAUGACUGGACAGUCUCCGCCCGAACAGUCGUACCCACACCGCAGCGAUGUAUCAGGCCGACGACGUCAGGCAGUCGCCAGCACGCAAUCGAGCACGCAGGUUUACCCACUACACACUAACACCGUCGCCGCCCACGCACAAACGCCUGCUCCGCGCCCGAGUUUAGCGGCGCAUGCGUCAACCCAUACUCGCUUAAGCUUAGGCUCUCAGCAACAUCCUUGCUCGCAGCCUCGUCCACCUACACAAUCACCAGACUCCCCGGACCUUCCAUGCCGACAACCUCAUCAACGGACAGCGGAUGCGAGCGAUAGCGAAGAAGACGCCUCCGAGGGCGAGCCCGACCCCAGCUAUGUCUCGACGAAGAAGCGGCCAACCUACAGCGCUUAUCGCGGCGCACCUCCUUUCCAAGCGCCUACACACGGGAUGUCCAGAAUGCCAAUGAAUUUCCACAACGUUGUUCCGUCCGAGAAGAAACACGCUUGCCCUACAUGCUUUAAGAGGUUCAACAGGCCGAGUAGCUUGAGGAUACAUGUCAACACGCAUACGGGGGCUACUCCGUUCCGUUGUCCAUGGCCAAACUGCGGUCGGGAGUUCAACGUCAACUCGAACAUGAAGAGGCAUUAUCGAAACCACACCACGGCGGCAGCUUCCUCCGGUGCCCUCUCCUCUUCCUCCGGUUACCUCUCCUCAUACCCCCACCCAUCCGAUUCCAACCCAAUACGAACCAGGGUUUUCAGCCCUAUAACGACCAGUACUCAUCUGGCGACCCCUCCUGCUCUCCGAGGUUACAGCCCGCCCUGCGAUGGCUGCAUGCAUGGCUUUCCUGCUGUUGAAAGCCACGCUCGUGACGCCCCAGACGAUCGGUGGAGGAAGAGCCAACGGCCGGAGAGAGGAGCACGGCACAUGCAUAUUCCGAACCAGCUCCAGCCGGAUUACAUCACGCAUCAGAUGGAGCGCGAAAAAGAGCGAGCUACAAGGCCGCCGGCUGGGGACGAAGAAGAAGUUGAUGAGCUGGGUGUUUCCGACGGUGAAGACAUGGGGGCCGUCGAUGGGCCGCACGUUCCAUCCCCGUCCUCCGGACCCACUCGACCGCGAGGAGUUGAGCAUUUAACGUUCUCGUCCCCUAGUCCUUCGUUGUCGCCUUUGCCCCCACUUGCAGCUUUCGGUGGUUCUUCGUCCCGGUCAUCGCACUCAUCUGCGUCUUCCUCCGUGCCAGAGUCAGAGGCAACGUCAUAUUAUAACCUUUCGAUGCCAUAUUCAAGCAGUGUGACUAACCCCAGGGUGUCGACCGGUGUGCUGAGACCUGCGUUCAUGCAGACGAUGGCUGGUGGGAGGUGA